AUGGCACCUUUCAAUCUCACCCCGUCGGACCCAUCAACAUUCAUCCUAAUGGGCAUCCCUGGCCUGGAAGCUGCCCACAUCUGGAUCGGCAUCCCUUUCUGUGCAUGCUACAUUACCAGCCUCUUGGGAAAUUUCAUGGUUCUGUUUAUUGUAGGCAAAGAGCAGUCUCUGCACAAGCCGAUGUAUCUGCUGCUCUGCAUGCUGGACCUCACAGACAUCGGCAUGUCUACCUCCAUCACACCAAAGGCCCUGUGCAUAUUCUGGUUCAAUAUGAAAGCCAUUACGGUGGGAGGCUGCUUCACCCAGAUGUUCUUCGUUCACAUGCUUUCUAUUAUGUACUCAGCCAUCCUCGUGGCAAUGGCCUUCGAUCGCUACGUGGGCAUAUGUAACCCUCUGAGAUACGCCACCAUCCUCAGCAACACACGGACAGCUAAGAUAGGACUGGUAGGUUUAUUAAGAGCUGUUUUCUUCACUUUGCCGGGACCUAUACUCCUGAGCAGGCUGCCAUUCUGUGCCAACCACACUAUUCCAAAUACAUUCUGUGAGCACAUGGCUGUAGCUAAGAUGUCUUGUGGCAACAUCACAGUUAACAGGACUUACGGCUUAGUGAUAACAUUUGUAGUCAUCAUGUUUGAUGUGAUGCUCGUUGUCCUGUCCUACAGUCUGAUCCUCAGGGCCGUCCUCAGAAUCUCCUCCAAGAAAAACCACCAGAAAGCCCUCAACACCUGCACUGCUCACCUCUGUGUGAUGUUCAUUUCUUACAGUUGCAGCCUCUUCUCCAACCUGACCCACCGAUUCGGUCAGGGCAUCGCCCCCCAUGUUCACACCCUUUUGGCCAACCUUUAUUUCAUCAUCCCCCCCAUGCUCAACCCCAUCAUUUAUGGCGCAAGGGAAUUGGCUGGUCGUCCUGGACAAGCCUACAUUCAACAGGGACUGUUCAGGGGCACCAUAAAGGUGUUUGUCCCGCACGGCGAGUGUCAGUUCUAUAAGAGUCACAUGCUGAAUCUCAGGGCUCUGCCUUCCUGUCGCAGGAAGAAUAUUUCCCCUCUCUACGGAGCAGGUUUACGGUUCUUGCACUCUUGCACAAACACCUUGGAUAACUAG